UGAGUUACCGCCACCACUGAGACAAUCUGCAGUGCUGACGAGCAGGAAGUCCAGCUAAGAGGAAGCGACGUGAGCAGAACAGAUGAGGUCCAGCAUCCAUAAUAAAAUGUGUUGGAGCCGGGCCCUACUCAUCCUGCUGGUCCAGCUGCUGAGUGUGGAGGCAGUGCCCAUCAGGAUAGACAAGACAAAAGUCAAAGAGCCCGAGAAGACGCCUGAAGAGCCUCCAGCUAGUGUGGAAACUGGGCUCCACUAUGACCGCUACCUCAGGGAAGUCAUCGAUUUUCUAGAAAAAGAUCAGCAUUUCAGAGAAAAGCUCCACAAUACCGACAUGGAAGACAUCAAGCAAGGUAAACUGGCCAAAGAACUGGACUUUGUCAGCCAUCAUGUCAGGACAAAACUGGAUGAGUUGAAGAGGCAGGAGGUGAACAGACUCCGAACCCUGAUUAAGGCCAAACAAGACCUUGAAGGAGGGAAUGACAUAGCCGUGGACCACCAGGCUCUGCUGAAACAGUUUGAAUACUUGAACCACAUGAACCCACAUACAUUUGAAGUGGAUGACUUGGAUCGGCUCAUCAAAUCGGCCACUAAAGAUCUGGAGAACUAUGACAAAGAGAGACAUGAGGAGUUCAAGAAGUAUGAAAUGAUGAAAGAGCACGACAGACGGGAACACCUGAAGACACUGGAUGAGGAUGAAAGAAAGAGAGAGGAGGAGCACUAUGAGGAGAUGAGGAAAAAACACGCAGACCACCCUAAAGUCAACCACCCAGGUAGCCAGAAUCAACUGAAGGAGGUGUGGGAAGAAGCUGAUGGCUUAGAUCCUGAGGAUUUUGACCCCAAAACCUUUUUCAACCUGCAUGAUACCAAUGGAGAUGGCUUCUUUGACGAACAGGAACUGGAGGCAUUGUUCACCAAGGAGCUGGAAAAAAUCUAUGACCCUACAAAUGAAGAGGAUGAUAUGGUGGAGAUGGAGGAGGAGAGGUUACGUAUGAGAGAGCAUGUUAUGAAUGAGGUGGAUUCUAACAAAGACAGGCUGGUCUCUUUAGAUGAGUUCCUGGUUGCUACAAAGAAAAAAGAAUUCUUGGAGCCAGAUAGUUGGGAGACCUUGGAGCAGAACCAGGCUUACACAGACGAGGAGAUGAGGGAGUUUGAGGAGCACCUUGCUCAGCAAGAGCAGGACCUCAACUUGAAGGCUGUUGACCUCCAGAAACAGAGAGAUGAGCUGGAGAGACAACAGGAGCAGCUUAACGCACAGAAAAUUGAGUUGCAACAGGCGGUGGAGCAUAUGGAACGACUGAAAUCACAGAAAGUUGAACCCCCUCCUGAGGUUCACGUUGAAGGAAAUGCCAUCCCAGACAUACAUGCAGUUGACAGCCAGUUGCAUCCUGGACAAGAGGCUCAAUCCCAAGAGCAUCAACCUGCAGCCCACGCUCCUCAAGAUACACCUCAGGAACAUAAUAAUCAACAAAAUCAAGAUCUGAGCCAGCAGGGUCUUCCCCAAGCACACCAUGAUCUGCCACCGGGCCACCAAGAAGCCCUACAAGGCCAGCAUAAUGUGCCAUAAAAAUACUGUCAGAACUUGAGCCUGUACAACCUUACACCCAGACUUUUGCAGCCCCUCCAGUCCAGCGUGCAGAGGAGCAGUCCCUGCAGAUUAUUAGGCCUCUUUAACCAGCAUGACUUAGGGGUUUGGAGGGCACUUGGGAUGAAGGAGAGCAGCACAAAAGGAAUCCCUGUUAAACGAUACCAGUGUUUGAUUACUGUAAUUCUUGAAUUACAUAACGGAAAGUAAAAUGACCAACCAAGGACAUGCAUUUUAAAACUACUUACAUUUUCAAGGAGCUGAGUUUGAUAACAUUAGAAAUUAUCAAGAAUGUUUGGUAAUAUGAUUAUACAAAAAAUAUAAUUUUGUUGAGCUUUCAUGGCCUACUGUUUGAACCUCUAAAACGAAACACUACUGGCUCCACAACCUGAUGACUUUCAUCCACGAGCCUGUUGGAUAUGUUCAGUGCAGCUGUUGAGCGGGAUAAGGUGUAAAAAGUUUUUUCAGACUUAGAAUUUUUGACUUAGAUUUUCUGACUUGAUUAUAAAGAUACCCGUGAACAUUUCAAACAAGAGUUAAGUGUUUAUUUUACAUGUGUGACAUGUUUGUCAGGUUUUUCUUUGGAUAGCACCACACAUUUGAGAAAUUUAGUGAAAGGCAUCUUUUUUUUAUGUUUUCUGCAAUUACAUUAAUAGCCUAAAUUGCAAAAGAGGCACGAUACCAUUACACAACAUUUCAGUGUCAUUAACCAGAAGCAUUUUACUUAAAAAGUACAGACCACUUAACAUUUUAUAUCUAUUAUCCUCAGCUUUCCAUCUUUUAACCAAUCAAUAAAUCAGUGUAGCCCAUGUUGCUCCAGAGACCUCAUACUUGUGUCAAGAAAUCAUUUCACAGAUAUCUUUGCUCCUUUCUCAGUGUUCAUUGUGGCUGCUGUCAUACCGUGUCAGCUGUUUACCUACAUUGAAAGACCACUAUUUCAUGUGUGUAGUCAGAUUAUUCUAUCAAAUGUAGAAAAGGUGUGCUCUGCCUAAAGAGACGAGUACUGGGCUUUUAAAAGCUGUCCAUUUUUGGACCAAAUUGCAAUUUUUCUUAAAAUAAAGAUAGACAUGAAAUCACCCUCCAAACAACAAAAGAUUUCCCCUCAUUUCAUUACACUCAGAGACGCUGAUAUGGGAGUUUGAGUUUACUUACAGUAUGGUAGUAUAAUUCUGUUCAAAACAGAUUUGCUAAGCAACCUGAUUGCCACACAUAGUGGGCAGAUGGCAAGCCUCUUAAAUACUAAGUUUGCAUUCUUACAGUAUAAUGGGCAUUUUAGUCUAUUUUUCAUAUACAACUGUGUAUGUGACAUGUUUAUUUAUGAGUUGAUCAAAAUUGAUCAUGAUUUUUGAUUUGUUAAAUGAAACAGUUUUGAUGUUGGGAAGCUCAUGCAAGUAAGCUGUAGACCUUUACUAAGGUGUCCUCAAUCACAAUUGUCUGCAUCAAAGUAUUUUGUUGACACAGCUGCUAGAUUUGUUAAAUUAGUUAAGUCAACUGAAAGAUUUUAUUAGAAAAAAGGGCAAAACAAGAGCUGAAUCUAUUACUAGUGUCUCAAAAAUGCAGCAGUUUGUUUCUGUUGUCUGUUGAAAUCAAAAAUAUCAUAUGAAAACCUCUACAUUUGGUUUCUUUGCAUCCAGUUCACAUCACCGUAUCUGGCAGCAGAAGUUUAUUACUUAACCUAAUUUGAGGAACUUCAUAGCAUGGUAUACUUUUUCCCAAAUAUCCGUUUGGUGUGACUACAGUCCAGGUUCCAUCUAAUGUUUUCAUGUAAUGCUGUGGUUUCUUUUAGCUGACAGAGUGGUCAUGUAAAACUGGUUUUGAGGUAUUUCCAUUGCAUCCUGUGAAUAAACGGGUCUGCCUUAUUGUGGAUUUGUUCAUACAAACUUUAGACGAUGGAAUAUAUGUUUUUCUCUUUUUGCUGUGUCAUUAGUUUUCUGUGCCAAGUGUUUCUUUGAGACAAAACUGCAUCAUAAUUUGCACAAAAUGUACAGAUUCUGUUUUCUGAUCGCUUGCUGCUGGAUAAAAUAAUCAUUUGAUGAUACUGUACACCUCGGUAAUAAAAAGCUACAACCUUUCAA